AUGAGCAAAGCUCACCCCUGGGAGCUGAAAAAAUUUAUGGACAAGAAGUUAUCAUUAAAACUGAAUGGCAGCAGACAUGUCCACGAAAUACUUCAAGGAUUUGAUCCCUUUAUGAAUCUUGUGACAGAUGAAUGUGUGGAGAUGGCAACAAAUGGGCAACAGAAUAAUAUUGGAAUGGUGGUAAUACGAGGAAAUAGUAUCAUCAUGUUAGAAGCCUUGGAUGAGUAUAGACAGAGGUUGUUUAGAAGCCAAGUGUUUUCAUGUGUUCCCAUCAUUGCAUCUUUUUACUAA